AGUAUUCAUUCAUCAAUAUCGAUGCAGCACAGCAAGAAAGAACGUGUUUUGAACCAGCAUGGAGUAUGCGAGUAAGGAUCUCACCAUCCGCAAGCUCAGGCGAACAACAGAUUUCGCAAAUCUCACUUUCCGCAUAGGUGGCUAUUACGAACAAGAUGAAGGGCGCUUCUAUCAUCUGUGGAAGAAUGGUGAAGUCCUGUCUAUUCAAGCAGAACCAUACCGUCGUCCUGGCAUCGACUAUUCUGAACCAUCAUGCGGCCGGUCGAACUUUUCAUCCGACAACGAGGCCUUUUAUUACCUGCAAGAAGUGCUACAGACGAUGCUCGACAAUCUACAAUUCGGUACAGAGAACAAUUGGGCACAUCUUGUGAGGCAAAAGGACAAUACCUACAGUCUGAUCUACACUAGAAAGGAGUUUGUACGUUUGAAAUGCCCGGUUUGGACGAAGAAGGUAAACUUGGAUGAUAUAGAAGUGACUCGCAUCGUGCACUGUGCGUUAUGGGAAGGAAUUUACGAAGGAACGGAAGUUGAUCUCUUCAUGGGCGUAGACCCGCACUGGUCACAGUUUGUGGCUGCGGAGAGUCUUGGGCAUAAGCUCAUGAACGAGGCUGGCGUCAGCCAUUACACCUUCAAGCUACUUGCCCACGUCUACAAAAGCGGAAUGAUCAUCGGUGUCAUGAGUGAGCCUAUCAUCGGACGCCGAGUGUGUCCUACCGACCGUGCUGCUGUUUUCGCAGCAGUAGCUGAUAUCCAGAAACACGGAAUUUUGUUGGGAUCUCUUGUCCCUCACGAUAUUCUCAUCACUGAAGAAGGCGUUCGCUUCCUAAAUAUCUCCGCUGUUCGCUUUCACAAGGAUCACGACAAACUAGCAGCCGAGGCCGAGACAAGUCACUGGGGUGACCUGGCGAAGACCUUUGGAUCAGGAAUGAUAACGCCCUACGUCCCACUUGGCUCUAGAGGCCGUGACUCCUUAUCAUACGUGAUACCUCGUCUGCCUUCCCCUGGGCGUCCAGUUUUCAGCACUCCCGAACAAGCCAUGAUGCGGUUUGUUUGGUCGGUGGUAACAUCACCAAGAGAGUACGCUCGUUCAGACGUUCGGCCACUGCUCAAGUUCAGAGAUAAGCAGCAGCAGCGGAAAGGGAAACUCGCCAUUGCCGACGAUCCGAAACACGGAAAUCGUUUCAAAAAUCGCAAAGUCCUCAUCGCACCUCUUGAUUAUUCGGAGGACCGCUUUGAAGAACUUGACCAGAUCGUCCCUGCCCGCUUUGAAGAAUUUGACGAGAUCGCCCCUGCUGAUGACGCACCCUACAACCCAAAGUGCCAUUCUUCAUCACGCACCCCGUAUAAGCGCCCAAACAAGAAACUGCUUCUCCCGAGGGAUGAUGAGUGAUCUAUGGGCUGUGACUCGCAGAACUUAUGUCGGCGGAUCAGUUCACGCUCCAUCUGGGAGGGUCCAGGUCCACGCAUCACAUUCACCGUGAUAUUUGAUCUCAAGGAAAUUCUUUAAUCCGUUCGUGCUUUUCUGCUUUCUAAGCGGCUCUGGAAUUUUUUGUUUGUUGUCGAUAGCGUUGCCAUGUUUUUUGUUUGUUUUCAUACUGUUACAUUGCGCAGUGCCGUAUAAUGAAGGGUUAAUCAAACCGCUACUCGUGCCAAUGAUCUGGGGUGGCGGGCACGAGGAGCUAAUAUUGAUAUUGUUUUCGCGAUGCCUUUUUUUCUAAAAAAACAUAUAGUGUACCUAUAGUUGUCCCUAUCUUAAAACACAACUCUACCAGGAAAUGCCCAAGUGGCUGUUCUAUUGUUCCAUGACACUUUCUACACAGGGGCCUAGCUCGGAAUGAACAGUCAUUUUCAGAAC